CUGUGGAGGCUUCUCAAGAACAGUCAUUAUUGUGUGAAGGUUCAAAUUCAGCUGUUAGCAUGGAACUUUCAGAACCUGUUGUAGAAAAUGGAGAGACAGAAAUGUCCCCAGAAGAAUCAUGGGAGCACAAAGAAGAAAUAAGUGAAUCAGAGCCCGGGGGUGGCUCCUCAGGAGAUGGAAGGCCACCAGAGGAAAGUACCCAAGAAAUGAUGGAGGAAGAAGAAGAAAUACCAAAACCCAAGUCGGUGGUGGCACCCCCAGGUGCUCCUAAGAAAGAACAUGUAAAUGUAGUAUUCAUUGGGCAUGUCGAUGCGGGCAAGUCAACCAAUGGAGGGCAAAUAAUGUAUUUGACUGGAAUGGUGGACAAAAGGACACUUGAGAAAUAUGAACGAGAAGCUAAAGAAAAAAACAGAGAAACCUGGUACUUGUCUUGGGCCUUAGACACAAAUCAGGAGGAACGAGACAAGGGUAAAACGGUAGAAGUGGGUCGUGCCUAUUUUGAAACCGAAAAGAAGCAUUUUAUAAUUCUAGAUGCCCCUGGCCAUAAGAGUUUUGUCCCAAAUAUGAUUGGUGGUGCCUCUCAAGCCGACUUGGCUGUACUGGUAAUCUCGGCCAGGAAAGGAGAGUUUGAAACCGGAUUUGAAAAAGGAGGACAGACAAGAGAACAUGCAAUGUUGGCAAGGACAGCGGGUGUCAAACACUUAAUCGUGCUUAUUAAUAGGAUGGAUGAUCCAACCGUGAACUGGAGUAAUGAGAGAUAUGAAGAAUGUAAAGAGAAACUAGUACCAUUCUUGAAAAAAGUUGGCUUCAAUCCAAAAAAGGACAUUCAUUUUAUGCCCUGCUCAGGACUGACGGGAGCAAAUCUCAAAGAGCAAUCAGAUUUCUGUCCUUGGUACAUUGGCUUACCAUUUAUUCCAUAUCUGGAUAAUUUGCCAAACUUCAAUAGAUCAGUUGUUGGACCAAUCAGGCUGCCAAUUGUCGAUAAGUACAAGGAUAUGGGGACUGUGGUCCUGGGAAAGCUGGAAUCUGGAUCUAUUUGUAAAGGCCAGCAGCUUAUAAUGAUGCCAAAUAAGCACAAUGUGGAAGUUCUUGGGAUACUUUCUGAUGAUGUAGAAACGGAUUCUGUAGCCCCAGGGGAAAACCUCAAAAUCAGACUGAAAGGAAUUGAAGAAGAGGAGAUUCUUCCAGGAUUCAUCCUUUGUGAUCUUAAUAAUCUUUGUCAUUCUGGAUGCACAUUUGAUGCCCAGAUAGUGAUUAUAGAGCACAAAUCCAUCAUCUGCCGCUAUAAUGCGGUGUUGCAUAUUCAUACCUGUAUCGAGGAAGUCGAAAUAACAGCCUUAAUCUGCUUGGUAGACAAAAAAUCAGGAGAAAAAAGUAAGACUCGACCCCUUUUUGUGAAACAGGAUCAAGUAUGCAUUGCGAGUUUGAGGACAGCAGGGACCAUCUGUCUGGAGACCUUUAAAGACUUCCCUCAGAUGGGACGCUUUACCUUACGAGAUGAGGGUAAGACCAUUGCAAUUGGAAAAGUUCUGAAACUGGUUUCAGAGAAAGACUAAUAAGCAUUUUCUUGAUGACCCUGCACAAUACUGUGAGGAAUAUUGACUGCAAAAGCCUACUUCACACCACCCUCUCUUCUUUUCUGCCCAUCGACAAACCUCUUCCCAUAUUUUGCAGAGAAACUUCACAGCAGAAGUCCACAUUAUGUCAGCUUUCUCAUAUUGAGAGCUCUGCUAUGCCACUGUUGAAUUUUCCCCAAGAUUUUGCCCCCCUUUCAAACUUUGCUUCCCUGGACAGAUUUGGCAAUAGCUUUGUAAGUGAUGUGGACAUAAUUGCCUACAAUAAUGAAAACCGACACGAAUUUUUUUUUUUAUUAUUUUUCAUUUUCCCCUUAGGCAUAGUUAGCC